AUGUCAAUGUGUCAAAGAGGGAAUUGCAAUGAAAGCGGAUAUCCCAACGUUCAAAUUAUAGUGAAAAACAUGACGAACUGUGAGCCAAACACCUUCACAAUGCCAACUUGCAUGUACUGUGAUUGCAACUUAGAUGGCACAGUUAAUGAGAAUAGGUGUACCGAAAUAGAAUGUUCGCGAGUCAACAAUAUACAAGAUAUUGCUGGAAGAGUUCAUUGCAGUCCUGGAGAAGUAGUUCCAGUUUGUGUUGAAUGUUUUUGUCUCAGCAAAGGACUUGCAAAUGUCAAUUACUGUAGUAUAACUUGCACUCCCCAAAGUAAACUACGCAUUCUGGAAUUAAUUAUUAAUAACAGUUCAGUAGAUAUUAUAGAUGAAAACAAAAUGAAAAUAGGUAAAGAUGGUGAAAACUGCAAUUCGAAUACUGUUUAUCUUGUCAAUGGAAAAUACUGCCUUUGUCCUGGAACUGGUGACAAAAUUUUUAAGCUAUGCACAUCUACUUACAAUAUAGUUACACCAAAUCAUACAGAAUCUUUACACGAAAAAGUUGUUGAAGUCAGCACCGACAUAACAUGUGAGUCGGGAACUUUUGUGCACAUACAGUGUAACACGUGCUUCUGUCCCAAAAACGGAAAAAUUGAUAUUAAAUGGUGCACGCAUGAUGAUUGCUCAGUUAAGAAAGAAUCUGAACUCGAACAUAAAACUAUCACACUGGUGAGUUCAACGAAUAAUUCUGACGGCAGUUGUGUUCCUGGAUCUAUGUCGAAAGUAAAAUGUAACUUUUGUAUAUGCCCUGAUUCGGGGAUAUUAUCAGAGCGCGUGUGUACAAAAAACAAUUGUUAUGAGCUGGACACUCAAUAUUUUGAUGCAGUACAAUUUACUUGCGAACCACUAUCUUACUACGAAGUUGAUUGUAAUGUCUGUUUGUGUCCACGCGUUGGAAUCAAAAACAUUGCUAAAUGCACUCAGAAUCAAUGCGAGAGGAAUUUUUUGAGAUCAAGCGAUUGUACUCCAAGCACACUCUUCACCGACGUAUGCAAUGUUUGCGUGUGUCCACCCAAUGGGGAUACAUCAGAUCGAGCGUGUACCAAGCAUCAAUGUAGCGUUGCCCCGUUGAGCAUAUAUGAACCACCGCAAAGCUUAUUACAAAACGAAGCAGAAGACAAGAAGAUAAGGAAUCUGGAUUUAUGUUUUCCAGGAGAGGAGUUCACAGAGGGUUGUAAAAUAUGUGUCUGUCCCGAAUUGGGUCUAAAAAUGUAUGCCAAUUGCGAUGAUACUCAAUGCAAAGAACAGCACAGCAAUAACUCUACAAGUAAUUUCGAAAGUUUGAUGACAGGUGAAACCAUCGUGGAAGAGCACGUACCGCACAAUAGAGUCAGAAGAUACGAGGUAGAUCAUUGUAUGGAGUUUAAGAUUCAGACAACGACAGAACGGAAGCAAUGCACGCCAGGCGCCAUGUACAUCGUGAGGUGUCGUCAAUGUAUCUGCCCCUACAUGGGCAGUAUAAAUGACUUUUGCCGCCCAUUACCUGCGAAAAUGUAUUGUGAACAGGCGUACCCCAAUUAUAACUUCGUACCAAUGGGAAGAAGACUAAUUGCAGGUAAUUCUACAAUUGAUGCAUCAAUUAAAACAACGAACGGUUCGCUUCCUGAAGAAAUAGUUUACGAGGUUCCCCACGAGCACACCAAGUAUAAAUGUGAGAAAGUUGGCAACAUUAUGGACGAGUGCUAUAUUUGUAAAUGUGAAGAAUCUCUUCUUGUCAUUGAAGAACAUUGUUUUAAAAGUAGCGCUACAAAAUGCGUACACGCUAAGCCUCUUUUUCUGUACGAUAAUAAAGUUAUUACGCAAUAA